GUGAGUACAACACCAACGAGGAAGACAACACGGAGCAGCGGCGUAAAGUGGUGAAAAUCCUUCCCCACCCCACGUACAACGCCACCAUCAACAAGCACCACAAUGACAUCGCCCUCCUGGAGCUGGACCAGCCACUCAGCUUCAACAGCUACGUCACCCCCAUCUGUAUCGGCAGCCGGGACUUCACCAACGCCCUGCUGAAGCACGGGAUGGGGACGGUGAGCGGCUGGGGCAGCACACUCUUCCGCGGCCGGCCGGCCACCAUCCUCCAGAUCCUCAAGGUGCCCUUCGUCGACCGGCCGACCUGCCUCAAGAGCACCUCCACCACCAUCCUGCAGAACAUUGACACCUGCGGGGGGGACAGCGGGGGUCCCUACACCACCGAGAUCGAGGGCACCUGGUUUCUCACGGGGAUCACCAGCUGGGGCGAGGAAUGUGCCAAGCCAGGAAAAUACGGCAUCUACACCAGGGUCUCCAAGUACCUGAAGUGGAUAAAGGAGAUCACGAGGCUUACCUAA